AUGACAGACACAAACACGAUGGCGGUGGGCAGCGGUGAAGGAAGGGACGGGGACCACUCCCCACCGGACUCUCAAGAGCCCGUGAAAACCAUGAGACCCAAAGAUACCGCCUGGUUCCAGCAACGGAUAAAAGCAUGGAGCCCUCUAAUCACCGCUCCCUGGACGAUCCCCAUCUUCUUCAUCCUCGCGACCAUCUUCGCCCCCAUCGGCGGCCUCAUCCUCUUCGCCUCCUCCCAGGUCCAGGAGCUCACAAUCGACUACACAAACUGCCUGACCAGCGCCAACGACACAAUGUCCCCCAUCCCGCGCAGCUCCUUCAGCACCUACUUCCACACGCCCCUCACCCCCGCGGAUCUAGAGACCUACAGAUGGCGCUCCACCCCCGCUACCAAGACCUGCACGCUGCAGUUCACCAUCCCGUCCAACUUCACCCCUCCGGUGCUCUUUAGAUACAAGCUAUCAAACAUGCACACCAACCACCGGCGCUUCGUCAUGUCCCUCGACCGCGCGCAGCUCAUGGGCGAAGCCCGCACACUCGACGAACUCCGGAGCUAUUCAGACACCACCAACCUCCGCUGCAACCCCCUCUACGGAAACAGCGAGGGCAUCCCCUACUACCCGUGCGGCGAGAUCGCAAACUCCAUGUUCAACGACACCUUCCACGCGCCCGUGCGGCCCUCGGACGGCCACACCUACCCCGUCACCUCGCGCGGCAUCGCCUGGCCGCAGGACCGCGCGCUCUACCGCCCCACCACCUACGCGCCCAGCGACGUCGUGCCGCCCCCCUUCUGGGAGGAGUCGUUUCCGCAGGGCUACAACAGCAGCAACAUGCCGAACCUGCAGGACUGGGAGGAGUUCCACGUGUGGAUGCGGCCCGUGGGGCUGGCAAAGUUCAGCCGGAUGGCCAAGCGCAACGACGCGGACGUGCUGGGCGCGGGCGUGUGGCAGAUGAACAUCACGUCGCGCUUCAGCACGCAAGGGUAUAACGGGCGCAAGGCGCUGGUGGUGUCGACGAGCAGCGUGAUGGGCGGGAGGGGCCCGCAGCUGGGGUGGGCCUAUGUGGUUGUCGCGGUGGUGUGUGCCGUGCUGGGCGUGGGGAUGACGGCGAGGGUGGCGGGGGCGCCGAGGCAAUUGGGCGAUCCGGCGUAUUUGUCGUGGAAUAAGCCCGACUACUUUGUAGUCAAGAGCAGCGACGAGUGCGGGUCGCUGUGGGAAAAGUGGGUCAAUUAUUGUCACCGGAAUGGCUUUCCUUGA